AGAUUGAAUGAAGUAAACAAAAUGAGAAAUUUCUAGAGAAUUCAAUAAUUCUCGGCUUCCGGAAUUUACCGAGUUUUGUCGAAAAUACAGGAAGUCAUCAUUGCGUCGGUCUUACCAUAAAUCAGUCUUUCCGAUACUACAUCUUAUCACCAUGAGUAGUAAAAUUACGAAGGAUACUUUGCAGGAAGCUAUUGCGGCGAUGCUCGCCUUCUCUAAGAGAAAGAAGAGGCGGUUUACCGAAUCCGUAGAUCUACAAAUCGCCCUGAAGAACUACGAUCCUCAAAAAGAUAAGAGGUUUUCUGGUACAGUAAAGUUGAAGUAUAUCCCACGACCCAAGUUGAAGGUAUGCCUUUUGGGUGAUCAGCAGCAUAUUGAUGAAGCUAAAGCAAACAGCAUUGAAUGUAUGGAUGCCGACGCUUUGAAGAAACUGAACAAGAAUAAGAAACUUGUUAAAAAAUUGGCUAAAAAAUUUGAUGCUUUCCUUGCUUCCGACUCGCUCAUCAAACAAAUUCCAAGAAUUCUUGGUCCUGGUUUGAACAAAGCUGGUAAAUUCCCGACACCAAUCUCCCAUGGAGAGUCUAUAGUUAACAAGGUGGAGGAUUGCAAAGCUACUAUUAAAUUCCAAAUGAGGAAGGUGCUCUGUCUAUCUGUGUGCGUUGGUCAUGUGAAGAUGAAGCCUGAUCAGCUGUAUUCCAACAUCAGUCUUGCUAUCAAUUUCUUGGUGUCGUUACUGAAGAAGAAUUGGCAAAAUGUUCGAGCCCUGUAUAUCACAUCAACAAUGGGUCCAUCUCAGAGACUUUAUUAGGUAUUCUUGAGAUAGAUGAAUAAAUGUUAAUUCCGGAAA